AUGCCGACACGAUAUGAACAAGAGCAAGACCAAUGUAUACAGGAUAUGGCGUCGAUUCUAAAGCUAGCAGAGGAUUCCAAGUUUCUUCUAUGUGAGCUUAGCUCAUUGCUUAAUCAACACUAUCGGAAACGUGCUCCACCUCACCGAAUACAACGAGUAUUGCAACGUAAGAACGAGACCAUCAGUCGUUUAGGCAACUUUAUUAUCCAACAACAGGAAAGAUUACGUGAACAAUUGGAUCAAGAAUGUGAUGAAACUCAGGAAGUUAUUAUUGAAAGACUGGAGCAACAAUUGCACGAUCAAAGUGCUGCAUUUGAAGAAGAACGAACGCGAUUACAGCAGCAAGCGACAGCUACUUGGACUGCACAGGCGGAUCUGGAGUCAUCACUGGAUCGAGUAUUGCCACAGCUGAGAGAAUUGCUAGAAGCUUAUGAUAAAGAUCAAAGAAGAUACGUUGAUACUACUCCAACAGGAACAAGACGGAAUCUCACGGUACCAAACCAAUGUUUUGAUGAAGAAUUAAGUCGACGGUUGGAAGAGCUUGAGAUUGAAUUUGAUGAAGAACGAACCUAUCUUAUCGAACAAGUGAGUGAAGCAGCCAAGACGGAACGAGAUAUAAGCAAAAUGAAUCUGAUCAAGAGAGAAGCAGCGCUCACGUGCCCCAUUUCAUUGGAUUUGUUCGAGGACCCGGUCCUGACGACAUGUUGUGGCAAAACUUUCUCAUCGGAAGCAUUAACACGAGCACUGAGACAGGAUCAUCGAUGUCCCGUUUGUCGCGAGUAUAGAAUUACAACUCGUGCUAAUCGUGACAUGGCAAACUUGGUGGAACUCCACCGUACGGAGCGCUCGGUGUUGGGCUUGCCAGUAACGACUGGAACCAGCUCAGUGUCUGUCAUUCGGGGAAGUUUAGUGGUUGAAAAUGAAUCUGAUAGUGACCAAGAAUUUGUGAACGCAGCAGCAAGCGAGACUGAACACCAUGCUCAAGGAAAUGAAAGCGUUCAAGCUAGGGCGGAUGUUUCUCAUUUGCAAACUUCAAGCAUGAAUACCAACUCAGGCGCUAGCAUGACGCGAAGUUCAGCGCCAUUACAGACUGGUGUCGUUGUGAGAGGUCGAGGCAGAGGAGGACGGAACACCAGCUCGCGUCGUCAUCGUAGCUCACGCUCAAGUAGUUCGCCGACACCGACAGCUUCAUCUCAAGCAGCUCACGAGGGAAUUUCGAGAUAUAGCUCCGCGUCAAGCUUUAUAGCUAGCACAACGGUACCAAGUAUUGCGCAAACUUCCACGAUACAAAGAGCGAGCAAUGCUCUGGCUCGACCUGCAGGUGUUGGUAAUUUGGCUCAAGUGUUGAGACAAAGUUCACCUGGUUUAGUAAGUUUUUCGCAAAGGGAAAGAGUGAUCGCAAGUGAACCAAACGACCGCCUACGUUAUGCACGUGCAGCGAUGGACGCUGAGCUAAAUUUUCACCCGUACGCAAACAUCGGAUACUAUGACUCGGACUCAGACUACUAG